AAGAUGCAGGCACACCACUCCUAAAACACACAUCCUCCCUUUUAGCCAACCAAACACUUCAUGGAUUCCCAAAGAUACGAUGAGCUCCAUGGAAGCAACAAUUGGGCUGGCCUUCUUGACCCUUUUGACCUCGACCUACGUAAUCUCAUUCUCGGCUACGGUGACCUAGCAUCGGCCGCAGAGCGGGCAUUUAACAAUGAUGCCGCAUCUUUGUACAACGGCUACAGCAACUAUGGCAAGAGCUCGUUUUUCAAACAAGUCAUGCUCCCUUGGGCUGAUUCUAAGUACCAAGUCACUUCCUUCAUCUAUGCAACCGCUCAUGUCAGCAGUAUGUUUCCUAUCUUAAAGCCUAUCCUGUCUCAUUUUCCUCUCUUGCCGCCUGACCUGUCUCGUGGAGGAACUGAAUUCGAAACAAACUGGAUGGGGUAUGUUGCCGUUUCGAAUGACGAGUAUAGUAAGCUCAUAGGUCGUCGUGAAAUAUGUGUGGUGUGGCGUGGGACGGCUAGGUAUUACGAAUGGAUAGAGGAUAUACUAGGUGUGGACCCUGUACCAGUGAAGCCACUACUACCCCAUAGUAGUUCGUCGUUUUUACCAGGGCAAACCCACCAUGAAGGCGACAAUAACCAGCGCGAUAUACCACAUGUCAUGGGAGGAUGGCUUUCACUUUAUAACACAAGCGACCCGAACUCGGAGUUCAUUCCGUCUAGUGCCCGUAAACAGCUCUUGCAAAGUAUCAAAGAGUUACUGGAAAAGUACAAAAAUGAAAAGGUAAGCAUAACAUGCGUGGGACACAGUCUUGGUGCAUGUCUUGCUGCUCUAUCUGCUUUUGACAUUGCUAUGAACGUUGUUACGCCCGAUAUCAAUGUCUCAGCUUUCAUCUUCGCCUCUCCACAAGUCGGGAAUCAAGCUUUUAAACAAAUGAUGGAGAAACUGCCUAACCUUAAGGUGCUAAGCGUAAAGAACGAGUCAGACAUUGUCCCGUUAUGGCCAAGCAAGAUAACAAAAUGGGUCAAUGACAACACAUGGGUGACUCUACCAACUAAAUGGCAGGAAUAUGUUGAUUUUGGGGUCGAGUUGAGGAUUGACACCAAGAAAUCGCCAUACUUGAAAGACGAAAAGGAGAUUAAAGGCACGUUUCCUCCAUUUGUUUAUCAUAACUUGCAGGGUAUGUUGCAUAGUUUGAGUGGAUGGAAUGGGAAGGAUGGUGAUUUUGAUUGGGGUUUAGUGAAGAGGAGUUUAGGGUGGGUUAACAUGUCAACUGAUUAUCUGAAAAAAGAGUACAAAAUACCAGCGAAUUGGUGGGGUGAGAAGAACAAAGGGAUGGUGCUUAAUGACCAUGGUUAUUGGGUUCUAUCACCAGUACUAGAUCGCUAUGACCAUGACUUACCAGAAUAAAUCAUCAAAUGAUCGGUCGUGGGUUCAAACGGUGGUGUGUUUACUAAAUAAAUGAUGUAUUGGUCUUACGAUCAAAAUGUACGGUGUGUGUGUACACCCAAACAAUAAGCAUAUUUAUUAUGCAUUGUGAUUGUUUUUCAUUGUAUGUUAUUUCAGUUUUAUUGUAACAUGUGUUCUACUCGAGACCAUACAACUUUUGUUGUGUGUUUAAUUAUUCA